AUGGCACCUUUCCCUCAACCAAGCCUUACUGGCCCGAACAAUGUCACAACUUUGGCCCACGCGGUUCGUGGCGCUGUAGAAGCCAAACACCCCCCUUCUCUUGCGCAUUCGGAAAGCAACCCUCUCGAUUCGGAGACCAUUAUCUUUAUAAUAUGCUUCGUAACCAUAUUCUUCUCCUCCAUCAUCCUGAUCAUCAUUGUCGACCUGAUCCGGAAAUCCGACUUCACCUGGCUCGGCAAUUUGUUGUUUAGGAGGAGGCGUAACAAUGCGCGACGCCCUGAGAACGAGGGCACCGCAGAAGGCAUCGCGGUUAUUACCAUGCCUGCCAACGCUGCAGUAGCGGAUAGGCAAUAA